AUCAUUGCUGUUUCCGAUUUUUUUUUUCUCCUCUCCAUGUACUGGAAAAAUGAGAAUGUCACCCCUCAAUCAGAGGGGAACAACCUGGACCCUGAAGGAGACUCUGCAGGAAAGUCACAAUCCGAUGAUGAAAAUCUGCCAUGUAAUUUGGAGAAAGAAGACCACUCAUCCCCAAGCCCUCCCUCAACUCCAUCUGUGUGCUCCCCACCAUCAUCCUCAUCAUCUUCCGUACCUUCAGAUGGGAAAAACAUCUGCUCCAGUUGUGGCCUGGAGAUCCUAGACAGAUACCUGCUCAAGGUAAAUAACUUAAUAUGGCACGUCAGAUGUCUCGAGUGUUCAGUGUGCCGGACGUCUCUGAGGCAACACAACAGCUGCUAUAUCAAAAAUAAGGAGAUAUUCUGUAAAAUGGAUUAUUUCAGCCGGUUUGGAACCAAGUGUGCUCGAUGUGGCAGACAGAUCUAUGCCAGUGACUGGGUGAGAAGAGCUCGGGGAAAUGCAUAUCACUUAGCAUGCUUUGCAUGCUACUCCUGUAAGAGACAGUUGUCUACAGGGGAAGAGUUUGGCCUCGUGGAAGAGAAGGUUUUAUGCAGAAUUCAUUAUGACACCAUGAUAGAAAACCUGAAAAGGGCAGCAGAAAAUGGUAACGGCAUAACAUUGGAGGGGGCAGUACCGUCAGAACAAGAUAGCCAGCCCAAACCAGCAAAACGAGCACGAACGUCUUUCACAGCAGAACAGUUACAGGUGAUGCAGACACAGUUUGCUCAGGAUAAUAAUCCUGAUGCCCAAACACUUCAGAAACUUGCAGAUAUGACAGGACUAAGCAGAAGAGUCAUUCAGGUUUGGUUUCAGAACUGCCGAGCACGACAUAAAAAACACACGCCUCAGCAUUCAGUGCCUCCACCCGGCCCUACACCAACCCGUCUCACCUCUUCACUUUCAGAUGACAUUCACUUCUCCCCCUUCAGCAGUCCAGAUAGAGCCAGAAUGGUGACAUUACAUGGAUAUAUAGAAAGCCAGGUACAAUGUGGCCAGAUGCACUGCAGACUCCCUUAUGCUGCUCCUCCUGUGCAUCUUAAAAGCGACAUGGAAGCAACACUGUCUAACAGAGGAGACAAGGUAAUCCUUUUUCAGUAUUGAACAUCAUCUUCUACCAUUGGUGACGAUAUACAGCCCUUUAAGUAAGAGUCGUGAGGAUUCAGUUGAAAUGGGCACCCAGCACAGAGGACGUUGUGUUCCCUUUGGCGUUUAUUUUCAAGGAAAGUGGCCAGUACACAUCAAAGACUAUCAUUUUCCUUGGAUAGAGCAUGGGCUUUGACUUCUUGGAUGAGCAGAAACGGAUCAUGACAAUUUUGUUGAAAGAGUUUGACAUUGGUAUUAAAUUAUAAUACUCUUACAAAUGAAUGCUGCCCAUUCUCAGACUGAUUUUGUCGUCCAUUGCAUUUGUGUCGGAAGAGCAAUUAAAACCAACAUGAAGAGACCUCAGUAGCUUGACCAGAUAAAGUUUCAGAAGAAGAAAGUUGAUUACAGCUGAACUAGGAUGGAUAGUACACAUGAAAUGAUGGUUGGCUUCAUGCAGAGAAACAGGCUGAAAUGACCAAGCCACAAUGCUUCGGGUUGGUUGCUGGUACAGAGCAAGUCAUCCAGAUCUACAUCAUAAGUUAUAAUUUCUAUUGUCUCAAAGUUUAAAUUCUUCUAUCCAUGGUGCUCUGCUUCUUUUCGGUUUACCCAUCACCCUAUUAUUUGGGUGCGGAGUAGAUCCUAAAUUAUUACCUCUGAAUAAGUGUAUCUCCUUGACUCAUCAUUUUUCUUAACUGACUGGUGUAUUUUUGCAGACAAUUCUUUAAACCUUGGGCAUACUGACCAUAGAGGUAGUCCAUGCGGCUGCUAUAAGGCCCUUGGAGAGAGGGAGCCAAGCCCAGAUGGUCCAAUCCUCUUUGUUAUUCUAUUGCUAGAAUUUGUGCAGGACUCCCCUCUUCAGAGUCAUGGUGUUAGUGUGUGUGGGAUGGGGAGGUGGACACCAGGUCCUUCUGUCCUGCAUUAAAAACCCUGCUCCAUACGGGUAUUUUGAUAUCUGCUAUGGGCCCCCUCUAUUCUAUUCUGCACCAUACCCCAAGUCGCUGACUUGUAGGGGUUAUGUUCUCUUUGCAGCAGUUCAUGCGACAUCAUCAAUGAAACAUAAAUAGCAGAAAAUUGGAGCACAACUUUAGUGGAACUUAGUUAUGAAAGAUAUUAGUAUCUAAUUUGCAAUAUGAAACCAAUGUACAUCCCAAUGUUGCCUAUUGACCACUGUGAAUUAUAUCAAUAGCUCCUUGAUCCAAUUUUUUUUUACAGUUUGCUUCCAUUUUAUUUAUAUUUAUUAUUUUUCUUCGUAACCUUCUCCAGCGCUGUCCUAAUAUAUUUAAAGAAGAACCACAUGUAUGCUCACAGGGCUCAUACCACAAGUCUCGAUUUUAUCAUCAAAAUAUGGUGCUUAUCCCACACAAUCUAAUACUAGUAAUUUUUCAGUGGAAUUCAACCCAAAUGCUUAUUUAAAUCAAAAUCAUUAUCUCAUGUGGUAAUGCAUAUUACCACGAAACCUUUUUUUUUUAAACCUGGGAAAUUUGUAAGCCUGUUAGAAAUUACCUUGGUUAGUUUGUUUUUCACAACUAUUAUUCUGCCCAUAUCUUAUAAAAGACCAUACUACCAGGCUAGUGCUGCCAAAAUACAAAUCCACACUUCAUCCUAUGGUAAAAAGUGUAGAUUUUGCAAUACUUAUCUUGGGCUGGUCUUAAAGGGGCAUUCCAGUUUUGCAAUUUUUAUCAUCAAUUGACAGGAAACAUUAUCACUGACUAAUAGUCCUGAUGAUAUCACUUCUACAUCUGAGACGUGGCAAGACUUGUAACGCUCUGCCCGGUCAACACAACAUCAGUAAUGACCUUGCUUCUCAGGGCGAUGUUCUGCUCACUCUCCUGGACCCUGCCCUGAAGACGUGAUGUCAUCAAUGAUGCUGUGUCUUAGGAUGGCUUUUUUUCCCAGCAGGGCUUCAAGCAGGUUUGGAUCUGUGAUGUUCAGGCUGGGAAAGGAAGGAGAGGCAGAGACUUGAUGCUACAGACAUUCCCUGUGAGGCUUGUGUAAGGAUGUAAAUAUAGGAUGGAGGUCACAGAUCACAAUUACUCUGGAGGAGUCAAUAUGCAAUCAGAACUUCAUCAUCUGGCUUAUAUAAUGCAUUAAGGUAGAAUGUUGGGGUUAUUUUUUUGUGUAACAAGAAACCCCUAUAAGUGACAUUAUAUAUUAUAGCCCA